AUACUCUAGAUUUCAUUUUUUAAAUUUAGGAAACAUUGGCUGUUUUGCUUCUUUGCUAAAGUGCCCGUCACAAAUAAAGGCAUUCUGGUGGAUACAAUACAAGGAGGCCCACUUGGCCACCAUUGCUGUGCACAGAUGGAUGAGAUGGAGAGCCUGCGCAUUGAAGGGGAACUGGAGAAGCAGCAGGCAUUGCGUAGCCCCUGGGACCAGCGGGACUCGGGGCUGGCCGACAUGGAGGCCACGGGGGAGGGCAAUGGAGGCGGCAGCACCUUACUGGCCCAGAGCCCCUGCCUCAAGCGGUCAGCCCUCUCCAAUUCGCUACUCGACCUGCACGACCAGCAGACAGCGGUGCGGCCAGUUCGUCGAGGCAGCGCGGGUUCUCUGGACAGUGGCAUGUCCAUCUCCUUCCAGUCCUCGGCGGCCAGUUCGGUGAGCCGGGAGUCGUCACCCCACACGGUCCAGCAUCCGGAUGGCGCAGUAGCGGCAGCAGCCACCAGCUCGGGCGACGGGACCCGGCACGGCUUCCUGGGAAACCUGUUUGGCAAGCGUGGUCGCCACAUGGCAGUGACCACCACCUCCACUACACCCCAAGUGGCAGCUGUGGUGACCUCAGAAGUGCCAGCAAUGACAGAACCACCAGGAUAGGUGGCGGGUUACCCACCUGCCCGCCUUAACCCCCAGUGUACAUACGCGAUAGGCCAUUUUAUUUUGCAAAUUGACUCUCUAUCUGCCUCUCCUCUAUGUACAGCAGAAGAUUCGCAUUUUAAUAUAUAUAUAUCACACCCUUCCCACUCCCCCCUGCUCUCUUGCCCCUUUUGUAUGAGAACUUCCCUGCUCUUAAAGCAUACCUUCCCCACCUCACCCCACCCCAACCUCACAAUAAAGGCCCCACUCCUCUUGCUCAGUCUGUGCAAGCGUGGUGCAGUUGGCCUGCUCUGAGUGUUGCUAGUGUGGCCCUGUGGCCGCAGUCAUGGCCUGUCCAUCAGAGGAGAGAGCAGACAGCCGAAUGGCACCCAUGACAUAGAGGCACCCAUGGCCUUGUGCAGAUGAGCUUUUUUCCACCACCACAUUUAGUGUAUUGGUGACGUCAUUGCACCUGUGCCUAUUAAGAGGAGGAUGAGGUAUGCCGGUGCUGUAACUGUGCAUGUCAGCAUGUGUACAUAAAAGAAGAGAAAAAAAAAGUGUAUACUAUGCAGCAGAGUGCAAGUCUCUUGUGGUAUAAUUGAAAGCUGCACAUUUUCCCUGAGCACAGAAGCAGUCGAACAAAUUGUCUGAACUUGAGAUCACGUUGCAUGCUUCCAGGAAGCGGCACAUUUGUGAAUGUUAGUGGCAGAAAUCUGGCACACACUAAUUUGCUUAUUCUAUUAUUCUAUUAAGAAAUCUUCUGUUUAGUGGGUUUUACCGGUGUUCAUAAAGCCGCAGAGAAAUUGAACUGGUGAGCUUGUAUACGAGAUGGUGGGUGAACGCACUUCGUGCGGUUCACCUUUUUUCUAGAUAUCUCGAACGCUUUUUUUUUUAACUGACGUGAUGCUGAAAACUUGCCCUCUUGGCGUACACCAAAAUACUUUUAAUGUGCUGCUACAUGAAAGAAGUUAAUCUCUAGUGAGUGUUCAGAAUAUCAUAAAUGUGCAAGUAUUGAUACUUCAUCCUAACGUAUGCUACAGAGAGUAUGUGAAUACCGUGUGACAAUAUAGUAUAUGGAGUCUGCAGGAUUUGCUUCCAGUCAGUGCAUGCAAACAGUCCAUUUCGGGCUAAAUGUUUGUAAAUGUUUCACAUCUUGAUAUGUGUGCACAUAAAGAAGCUCACCAAUG